CAUUUCCGAUACAGCUCAAUGUUUACUGACACCUAACGUUACUUCAAAUAUUUAUUCAUAAAUAAAAUGUAUACAUCACAGAAGAACGGCGACAAUGUUACGAGAAAGCAGUAGCGACUUCGUUUGGUUUUGUAGGAAAAUAUCCAAAUUGUCAAUGAGCUGUUGUCGAAUGGUUUUUGUAUACAUAACAUUUGCUCCUCGCAAUUACUGAUGAUGACAGAACUGAAGCUAUAUGUCAAGCUAAUGUAUUGGGCAAAUCAAACGACGACUCAAUUUAACUAGAAAAUAGAAAAUGCCUCCUAGACGCUCGGUUAAAGAAUGGCUUAAGAAAUAUUUUCUUGAAGGACAAACCCUUAGCAAUGCUCAAACGGAAGCGCUGAAGAAUUUGGAUCCAGAUGCACCAUGGUAUACGAGGUUGAUUGUCAAACAUCGUCGUUGGGUCGGAAUAUUAAUUCCCUUUACGAUUGUCCAGGUCAUCUGGUGGAGUUGCGCAAUACGAUACAACUACUGGGACCUCUUUCCUGAUAGAUUUUUUAUAUCGAUAACAAUGAUCUUUGGAUCUAUGAUUGCAGGAAUGACAAGCGAAGGGGGAGGUGCUGUCGCGUUCCCUGUGAUGACAUUGGCUUUCAACAUCAGUCCUGCUAUAGCUCGAGAUUUCAGCCUGAUGAUUCAAUCCGUCGGCAUGACAGCAGCAUCGUUUACAAUAUUCUGGAUGAAAAUUCAGCUGGAAUGGCGCUCAAUAAUAUUUUGCUCCAUCGGAGCCGUCCUGGGGAUGGUGAUCGGGCUGGAAUUCAUCGAUCCCAAUCUGACUCCCCCGCAGAAGAAAAUGGGUUUCGUUAGCAUAUGGUUUGCCUUCGCAUUUUCUCUCUUCUUGCUCAACCGUUACCACAAACGAAAGACCUUCAGGAUAAUACCAGAGUUCAACUCGUGGAAAGCAGGCGUGCUGCUGUUCACCGGAUUUCUCGGCGGCAUAUUCUCUGCUGUGGCUGGUAGCGGAGUGGAUAUCUGUAGUUUCAGCAUACUGACGCUGUUGUUUAGGGUAUCAGAGAAAACAGCAACGCCGACAUCGGUUGUAUUGAUGGCAGGAAACACGGUUGUUGGUUUUUAUUGGCGACAGGUGAUGAUGGAAGCAAUCCAUAUCGAUUCCUACCAUUACCUUGCCGUUUGUGCUCCAAUUGUGGUCCUUGGUGCGCCAUUAGGUUCUGUGAUUGGCAGUCAUUUCCAUCGUCAAGUGCUGGCUGCAUUGGUGUACAUCCUAGACACGGUGGCUCUGAUCAGCGCGUUCGUUAUUGUGAAGCUUAAUCCAACGCUGAUCGGCGUUUCGGUGGGGAUAAUCCUGUUCGGAUUUGUCUUUUUCGGUUUCCUGAGUUACCUUGGACACCGCCUCAUGCAAAGUAUUGCAGAUGAUAGCGAAGUCGCGAGCGAGUCGAGUGUCAGCGAGGCGCCGAGUGUGCGCAAAGCUGCAUCAAAAGACAACGAAGCUUACGUCAUAUCUGAUGAAAACAUUGAGGAACUGAAUGUAGUUUCAGAUGGCGGAAAAAAUUUCAUGAAGAAUUCAGACCCAACUGCCCCAAACAGUUAUAGCUCUACAACUUACAUGUAAAAUAUAGAAAAUAGACUAUUAUAUUUAAUUGCUAUUGGCCUAUAGGCGCUUCUUCUUUAACCUCAUCGACGAUAAGGCACAUUUGGACAGACGUUUAUAGAAUAUAUAGAAUAUAUUCUGAUGUGCCCGAAAAUCCAGAAUAAUUCGCCCGAAAAAUGGACGGCAUAGCUCGUACGCUUUUGUAGCAUGUUGACCUGACGAUGAAAUUCAGCCGUUAUACCAUUGCACAUCCUUGGAACUGCGAUAUAGCUGUAAGGUUUGAAAAUCUUUAUUUUCCAGUAAAAACUCACAAUACCAAGUGACAUGUUGUAAACCAAGUAACAUUAUGUUGGUUUGAAGGUCAUGCAUAUGAGAGUUUUUGAACUGAAUCUAUAAUCGUUAUUUUUUAUGAAACUAAAAACAAAAUGCUACAAAACUUGAACACAACCUAAAAACCAUUCAAUAAAAUGAUAUAGGAAUAAGUUGCAAAACGUUGCAAAUAUAUUCUGUAAUAUAAUUUUACCAUCACAAAAUUGAAUUACAGAGUUUUUUAAAGGUGGGGGACAGCCGCUAAUGUAAACAAACGCUUUACAUAUUGAAUCGCUAUAUAUCUCUUAAACUUGUAGUAAUCAAAGAUUAGGCAAGUGCGUUCGAUUUUUUAUUACCAAAUGAUUUUUGUACUAUAAAUUUUCUAUGGACUUUUUCUUGCUAAUAUACGGCGAAAUAUAUAGCUAUAUAGCUCUAGUCUAGUGCAUAAUUAUGGCAAUUGGCAGUGACAAUGAAUAUAGGAAUAAACGAGACAACUACAA